AUGCUUAUCUCGAAAGCUAAUCCAGGGGAUGUUUCCCUUCUUCAUAAUCUUCAUGUGCAAGCCAAACGAGCGAUGACUGAUGCAUCAAGGAAGAAUGCAAAGUCACUAACUCAAACAUACACAAGCAACACUUCGUUAGUGGCGAUUCUUAUUGCUACAAUCACCUUUGCUGCUGCCUUCACCCUGCCAGGAGGAUACAACAAUGAAGCAGGAAGCGAGGGACUUCCCAUCAUGUCUAGGAAGUUCGCAUUCCAGGCAUUCUUGAUUUCUGAUGUCUUAGCAAUGUGCUCCUCAUUUGCUGUGGCCUUCAUAUGCAUCAUAGCAAGGUGGGAGGAUUAUGAGUUCUUGCUUUAUUACAGAUCCUUCACUAAGAAGCUCAUGUGGUUUGCAUACGUGACAACAACUACUGCCUUCUCAACGGGUUUAUACACGGUGCUGGCUCCACAUGUCCACUGGUUAGCCAUUGCAAUAUGUCUCAUGGUAGCUUUACUACCUAUUCUCACGAAGCUGCUGGGCGAAUGGCCCAUGUUGAAACUCAGAAUUAAGCUUGGUAAAGAUUUCAACUCCGAUUUCCUUGAUAUGGUCUGA